UACUCUUAGUACGUACUAAUAACAAAAUCUUUGAUUCCCAUGGCUGCUACUUCUUCAAUCAUAACCACCCUGUCCCCCCUCUCCCUUCUCCGCGUCACCAUCACCAUCACCAAAUUAUCUCCAUCCUUUUCGUCUUUUUCUUCUUGUUCUUCUUCAUUUUCUUCAAUCCCAUUUCUCCUCCCCUACUCCAAACCAAAGAGUCUGAAUCGAUUCCGAUUGUUUUCAAUGGCCUCCGAACCAAAAGAAUCGCCGGCAAACAAUCCAGGCCUUCAGGCUACUCCAGAUGAGGCUACUAAGAGCUACAUCAUGCAACAAACGAUGUUUCGAAUCAAGGAUCCCAAAGUCAGCCUUGACUUUUAUUCUCGCGUUCUGGGCAUGUCGCUACUCAAGAGGCUGGAUUUUCCAGAAAUGAAGUUUAGUUUGUACUUUUUGGGCUACGAGGACUCUGCAUCUGCUCCAAUAAAUGCAGUUGAUAGAACAGUUUGGACUUUUGGUCUGAAGGCUACUAUUGAGUUGACACAUAAUUGGGGCACUGAAAGUGAUCCAGAAUUUAAAGGAUAUCACAAUGGAAAUUCAGAUCCUCGUGGUUUUGGACACAUUGGCAUCACAGUUGAUGACACAUACAAGGCAUGUGAAAGAUUUGAAAGUCUAGGGGUGGAGUUCGUACAAAGACCCGAUGAUGGGAAAAUGAAGGGGAUAGCAUUUAUCAAGGAUCCUGAUGGCUACUGGAUUGAGAUUUUUGAUCUUAGAACUAUUGGGAAAGUCACUGAUAAUGCUGCUUAAGAUCAUUUUAUCAAAUAUUUCUGGCAUAAAUGAGAUAUUGAGAUGUGACUCUUAAACCAAAACCAUGCUUCAUCUUCAUCUGCCACUGACACGCGGCAGACACUGAUUUGGACUUUGAAUUACGUUUGGGACCUUUUUUCUCUUUCUUUUUUUCAUCCACUUCAUUUGCCUUGUGUUGCUUUUGGAGACUAUUGGUCUAGUGAGAUGACUGUUGUGUAAACUUGAACAAGUAACCAUCUAUUUUAUAUUAGGAAAUUAUUGUCUUACUUUGUUCAGUAGAAACUGAAUCCUUGGUCACAAUAAAUGCUUGGGAUUCUUAAGAUGGUAUAUGCAAUAUCAGUUAAUCUUUCUGAA